AAGACGUUUGCCCACUCUUGACCAUGAAGUCAUGUAAAAAAAUGACUUUGUCGAAUGGUGAAACUGUGCAGUACAUCCCAAAACCCAUACCACCCGAUGUGAAAUGGCUUACGAAGAGCCUGCCAAGGUGUCAUUCGAUUCCACACGAUGCACGACAAUUCUAUUGUACCAUACCAGCAUGCCAUUCUAGACCCUGUCUUCAUGGAGGGAGUUGCGAGGAAACAAACACGGGAUACACCUGUCUCUGUUUGGAUGGUUACCGUGGUUCAAGAUGCGAGCAUGACAUGUUCAUCCAAUCGUUAAAAGUCCUUGGACCAGAUGAAAAUCCGAGCGAAGGACCACUUGCUCUGACAUCACGCUUGCUCGAUAACGAACACGUGCUCAUACAUCUGGAGAAUUGGAAGAGUAACUAUUCCCAACUGGCAUGUCAGCACCUCGGUUUUGAAGGGUCAUUCGCUACGUUGAGUGGUGCCCAGUACGAUUCCGUUGACACUCCUUCUGAAGUCGCAACGAUUAUUUGUCCGGAUGACGUCAUGAACCUAACUGAGUGCUGGACCAAUGAGACAAGAGUAGUGGUCAACAAAAACCAUACCAUAGCAGUAGUAUGCUGCCCUGUGAGUCCCUGCAGUCCAUCUGGUCAAGCACUAGGCAUCGCUGAUGAUGCUUACUCCGAAUCGUCUUGCUCCUCUACCAGCAACUGCGGCUCUGCUGCCCGUUUGGACGGUACUUCGAUUUGGAGGCCAUCUCUGUCUAACGAUUUGCAAUGGAUACAAGUUCAGCUGGAGUAUAGUAUCGUGACGGCCAUAACCAUUCAAGGUAAUGCCUCUGUUGGUAUCAAUGAGUGGAUGACAUCCUUCACCAUUUCUUCUAGUUUGGACGGAGCAAAUUGGAAUGAUUAUGUUAACGUAUACUCGGGAUUAACUGAGAUAUUUCCAGGAAAUUAUGACUUGAGUAGCCAUGUGACUCACACGUUCAUUAGGCCAAUCGUUUGCCGAUAUUUUCGGCUUAAUCCAAGGACCUUUGAGACCUACAUAGCUGUCGGAAUGGAACUCUACGGAUAUGGACCUCUAACGGAUGUUGUAGCUUCACUAAACUUGGCUAUGAAACCUGGAUGCAGCCCCCCUGUACUUGGUGAGGGUCUUGGCGUCGAAGAUGGUCGUAUACCAGACAGUAGCCUGACUUCAUCAACCGUCAUAAAUGCCGGUAACCAUGUGCCCAGUCAGGGAAGGCUCAAUUCGAAUAGUGCCUGGAUUCCACUUGAUUCGGACACCAACAAGUGGGUGAAGACAUAUCCAGCAAACUUUGAUCAGGAUACGUACGUGACCAUAGUAUUUCCUAAGCCAGUUACUGCGCGAUACGUCAGGAUUCAUACUCCGACAUACAACCAUCAUGCGUCUAUGAGAUUUGAAGUACUUGGCAUCAACAACUAAACUAACAAGUUAACUCCUAUCUGUUUCAUCCGACGUUUAUACGUUUAUUCGAUGUCGGUCCUG